AGAACUGGUGCGGUCCAAACACCCCCUAACUUUAUCUUGAAAAUAAAUAAAAAAAACCCUGAUUGAAGUUAAGCUGACGCUAGGGUUACAUUUCAUUUUUCCUCGCUGCCAUCAGCUCCCUCUCGCCGCUCUCGAUUUUAUCCGAAGCGUUCUACUUCACAUCUCGCAGAGAUGAAUGUGGAAAAAUUAAUGAAGAUGGCCGGUUCGGUCCGGACUGGUGGGAAGGGUACCAUGAGAAGAAAGAAGAAGGCAGUGCACAAGACGACGACAACAGAUGACAAAAGGCUUCAGAGUACCUUAAAGAGAAUAGGAGUAAAUGCCAUACCUGCAAUUGAGGAAGUCAAUAUCUUCAAGGAGGAUGUUGUUAUCCAGUUCAUGAACCCUAAAGUUCAAGCAUCAAUUGCAGCCAACACUUGGGUUGUUAGUGGAACUCCUCAGAACAAGAAAUUGCAAGACAUUCUUCCUCAAAUUAUUCACCAAUUGGGUCCCGAUAAUUUGGAGAACCUGAAGAAAUUAGCAGAGCAAUUCCAGAAGCAGGCACCCGGUGCAGGUACAGCUUCAGGUGCUGCUGGUGUGGUAGAAGAAGAUGAUGAUGACGACGUGCCAGAGCUUGUAGCAGGUGAGACAUUUGAAGCCGCUGCAGAGGAGCCCCAACAGACCCAAACUUCUUAGGGAUUCUCUUUUCAAUUUUGUGUCAUUGCUUAUAUUUCGAAUGCUUUUUGAGGAUCUGUUACAUUACUUCAUCGCGCUAUGACUGGCAUAAGAAAUCUGGAACUGUGUUUCAAUUAGUUAAUGCUGUCUUACAUAUUCCAGAUUCAUCGUGGAUCUUGGAUUACCUUACUAGCCAGAAUUCUUAAUGUGGAGAGAACUUGGCCA